UGCUGUAAUCUGAAGAUGUUUCAUUUAUUCGGGGCCAGCCAAACUAUAAGCGGAUAAACCGUGAUAACAACUUCUGUCUAGUUGUUAUCAUGCAUGUUUAUAAACUGAAGUGAAAUUGCUUCCACAAGAGAAACAAAGCGCUGCUGGAGCUGGGUGUGAGUUUGCGGCGUGACGUUUAGGCAAUUAAGUGCUGACAGGAUCCAGAGCGAGGGGACGUUCCUUACCACGGUAACUCAGCGAUCAACGUGGGAGCAAUGUCACACCUGCGGCAUAUCGGGGCUGCAAUAGGGACUCUAGUUGCAAUCUUGGGUAGCAUUAUGUUCAUCUCGUGGAAGUAUUUCAGCAGCAGCAGGCGUCAUUCUGAGGAAGAGUACAGCUUUCUCCAAGAGAGUCAGCCCAGAGAAAAGCAGAUUCUGGUUCUUGGUUUAGAUGGUGCUGGGAAAUCCAGCAUUCUCAACUGUUUGGCUACUCACACAGUGAAGCAUAGUACAUCACCCACCCAAGGCUUUAAUGCAGUCUGCAUUCAUACAGAAGGUUGUAAAUUGAACUUCCUUGAGAGUGAGUAUAAUAUUCUUCAUUCAGCACUGUAACAGGCUGUAUGAUCA